AUGAAGGACCGGCUGGAGCAGCUCAAGGCCAAGCAGCUGACACAGGAUGAUGAUGCUGAUGAGGUCGAGAUUGCCGUUGACAACACAGCCUUCAUGGAUGAAUUCUUCUCUGAGAUCGAGGAAACUCGGCUCAACAUUGACAAGAUCUCUGAGCAUGUAGAGGGGGCUAAGAAACUCUACAGUAUCAUUCUGUCUGCACCAAUUCCAGAACCAAAAACCAAGGAUGACCUAGAGCAGCUCACGACUGAAAUCAAGAAAAGGGCCAACAACGUCCGGAACAAACUGAAGAGCAUGGAGAGGCACAUUGAAGAAGACGAGGUCCGCUCAUCUGCAGACCUCCGGAUUCGAAAAUCUCAGCACUCUGUCCUCUCCCGAAAGUUUGUGGAGGUGAUGACUAAAUACAACGAGGCUCAAGUGGACUUUCGUGAACGCAGCAAAGGGCGAAUCCAGCGGCAGCUCGAAAUCACUGGUAAAAAGACCACAGAUGAGGAGCUGGAGGAGAUGUUGGAGAGUGGAAACCCUGCCAUCUUCACUUCUGGGAUCAUUGACUCUCAGAUUUCCAAGCAAGCCCUCAGUGAGAUCGAGGGGCGGCACAAGGACAUCGUGAGGCUGGAGAGCAGCAUCAAGGAACUCCAUGACAUGUUUAUGGACAUUGCCAUGCUGGUGGAGAAUCAGGGCGAGAUGUUAGAUAACAUAGAACUGAAUGUCAUGCAUACAGUGGACCACGUGGAGAAGGCACGGGAUGAAACUAAAAAAGCUGUGAAAUACCAGAGCCAGGCCCGGAAGAAGUUGAUAAUUAUCAUUGUGGUAGUAGUUGUGUUGCUGGGCAUUUUAGCGUUGAUUAUUGGACUUUCCGUUGGGCUGAAAUAA